GCAAAAGUAGGGUAAAGGUAGAUACAAAAUAGAAGCAAAGAAAUAAAAUCUGAAGGAUCUGCAAAUGGAGGGGGAAUUUGGUAUUUUCUUUAAAGAAGUACCAGAAAAUUUACUUCUAUGCAUUGGAAAAUAAAUUAUUUUGUUUAGUAAUCUUCCAGCAGAAAAGAAACUGUAUUUGAAACUUUCAGACUAUCAAACUGUAUUUGAAACUUUCAGCCGCUCAAAACAAAUCUUGCCUGGUUUAUGAAAAAGGAAAUAACACCACUAGAUGAUGCAAGAAAAAAUCUUUAUAAAACAUGGGAAUAAGGAUACAACACGUCUACGACUGUGAGUCUGAAUGAAAAACAAAAUUUGUCAAAAGAUCACUAUGCUCCAACUUGCAAACCUCUGCAUGUUAUGGUGUGAUAAUAAUUCAGAUGUGCUGGUGAGCCCUACCUAAAUGGAAUGUAUUUUUAAUUUAAAAACCUUUUCAAAACAACAGAUUGAAGAAUAAAUAAAGUAAGAAAGAUAUUUUUGGUGGCUGUAGGGAUCGGAGAUGAGGUUGUGAGAAUUUUUUGGGGGGAAAUCCAGCCACAGGUGAAGGAAAACGUGGCAUGAAAAUUGGAAUAUCUGAGGAACCAGAGAAGAAUCUGAAGGAGAAGAAAACCACCAGAAGGAGCAUGGCAGUGAUGAAGGAGAUUCUCCGAUCCAGAAAUCUCUUGCUUGUUGUCCUCAUUCCACUUCUGCUGCUUCCUCUGCCACUUAUAUACCCCAGCAGUGAAGCCUCAUGUGCCUACGUGCUCAUCGUGACAGCUGUGUACUGGGUCUCUGAAGCAGUGCCUCUUGGAGCAGCAGCCUUGGUUCCUGCUUUCCUGUACCCUCUCUUUGGGGUCAUGAAGUCCAGCGAGGUGGCUGCUGAAUAUUUCAAGAACACAACUUUGCUCCUCAUGGGUGUGAUUUGUGUGGCAGCUUCUGUAGAAAAGUGGAAUCUCCACAAGCGAAUUGCCCUGCGCAUGGUGAUGAUGGCUGGAGCCAAGCCAGGCAUGUUGCUCCUUUGCUUUAUGUGCUGCACCACGGUGCUCUCCAUGUGGCUCUCCAACACCUCCACCACAGCCAUGGUGAUGCCAAUCGUGGAGGCAGUGCUCCAGGAGCUGGUGAAUGCUGAGGAGGAGUGCGAGGUCAUCACGGCUGCAGGCAGCACCAUUGCUGAAGAAAACAAGCCAAUAGGUCUCGGUGAAAAGCACGGCCAAGCUUCACUGGAGCUUAUCUUCAUCAAUGAGGAUGCUACUACUACUGACUUCAGCUCCUUGAUGCACUCAAAGAGUAUGAAUGGUGUGCACAUGAUAGCCAACCCUAUUGGAACAAUGAAUUCUACAAGCAAUGGGCAGCACCUACCUCAGGCUCAGAUCCUGGUCCUGCCCCCCGAGCCCUCAGAGCUCGGGCUGAGCAGCAGGUACCGGUACCAGACCAGGCAUGACCACAUGGUCUGCAAAUGCCUCUCGCUGAGCAUCUCCUACGCUGCAACCAUCGGGGGGCUGACCACCAUCAUAGGCACCUCCACCAGCCUCAUCUUCCUCGAGCACUUCAACAACCAGUACCCAAAAGCUGAAGUGGUGAAUUUUGGAACUUGGUUUCUGUUCAGUUUCCCCAUCUCCCUCAUCAUGUUGGUGCUGACUUGGUUCUGGCUGCACUGGCUGUUCUUGGGCUGCAAUUUUAAAGAGACUUGUUCUGUGAGCAAGAAGAAGAAGACCAAACGGGAAGAAAUGUCAGAGAGAAGAAUUCAAGAGGAAUACAAGAAACUGGGAAAUGUUAGCUAUCCUGAGAUGGUGACUGGAUUCUUCUUCAUCCUGAUGACCUUGCUUUGGUUCACUCGUGAGCCUGGCUUUGUACCAGGAUGGUCAUCUUUUUUUGAGAAGAAAGGUUACCGGACUGACGCCACUGUCUCUGUAUUUCUUGGGUUUCUCCUUUUCCUGAUUCCAGCAAAAAAGCCAUGUUUUGGAAAAAGGAGAAAAGGAGAUGGUGAAAAGUCAACAGAAAUCAACACACUGGAGCCCAUCAUUACCUGGAAGGACUUUCAGAAGACCAUGCCCUGGGAGAUUGUAGUGCUGGUUGGAGGAGGUUAUGCCUUAGCAGCUGGAUGUAAGACCUCUGGCCUCUCUACGUGGAUUGGACGUCAAAUGCUCUCCCUGAGUAGCCUUCCCUCCUGGGCUGUUACUCUGCUGGCUUGCAUUUUGGUGUCCAUGGUAACAGAAUUUGUUAGUAAUCCACCAACCAUAACCAUCUUUCUGCCUAUUUUAUGCAGUAUGUCAGAAACCCUGCUUAUCAACCCUUUGUACACCCUGAUUCCUGUCACCAUGUGCAUCUCCUUUGCGGUGAUGCUGCCCGUGGGUAACCCUCCAAAUGCCAUUGUCUUCAGUUAUGGGCACUGCCAGAUCAAAGAUAUGGUGAAAGCUGGCCUGGGUGUAAAUCUGAUUGGCCUGGCUGUUGUCAUGGUGGCCAUCAACACGUGGGGAAUUAGGCUCUUCCAGCUGAACACCUUUCCAGAAUGGGCAGCAGUCAGCAACAUCACAAGCCAAAUGUAAUCUUCAACUAAAAAAAAAGCAAAAGUGCAAGACCAAAGCAAGCUGGGACAAAAUAUUGAACCUUCAUUUCACAUAUGAAAGAAGGAAGCUUGAACCAGGAUCUGCUGUAAAACUGUGAAUAAAAUCCACUGGGAUGUCUUCUGCAACAGCUUUUCAGUUCUGAAAAUCAGCGUGAGUUAAAAGGAGAGAUUAGCUUUGCUCUACUGUUGCUUUCUCUGGGAUACCAUAACUCAGAAAAAAAUCCACUCCUCCAAGUUAUUUCCCUAUAGCUUUUUCAUGCCUUAGAGCAGUUAGGUAGGACCUGUAUGCAGGACUCCAGUGGCAGAAGACAAGUACACAUACACUGCUGUACUCAGCAGCAGCAGAUUCAGUCCUACUAGUGACCCCUACACUGAAUGUAGGGUGAGCCUUAUUCCCAAACCCAGAGGAGUUUUAUAAGCCUACUUUUUUGGAGGUAAAUUAUUCUUGGUUUUUUUUAGAUGACUCAUCAUUGCUUUGCAAAAACCAUUUUUCCACCUAUCUCAUAUGACCUGGACAGAAAUCCAGCUACCAACUACCAGCACAGUGCUUCAAAGGGAUAAUAGAAAGCUCCAGAGAGGAAGGAGAAAUCUCCUUGGAAGGAGAAUAUGGGGUUUUUUUCCACAGCACUAAUAAAUAAAUUUCCAGUAUUGCAGUACUUGCAAUCUCAGCUUUGGAAGGAAGAGUUUCAGAAACAGAAAGUUUUGUUCAAGACCUUCUUCAUCAUUACUGCAGUGGGAGUUCUUUCAGCAGGGGAAGCUGUGACCAGCAAAACCAUAUCAGGCCAACAACCCCUACCACUCUCCUGUCUCUUUGGCUGCUGUUUAAUUAUGCACUUAUGAUUCCCCUGCCUGAGAAAGUCUCAUUCCUGAUGGCACUCAGUGCUGCUCCAGUAAGAAGGGAGAGGGCUGAAGUGGAGUGGUGCUGGUGUAUCUCCCCAUCCUGUGCAUUCACUUGAAUCUCACACCCCCUGCUCUCUAGCAGCCCAGAGAGCAGGCACUUCAAAUGUAGGAAACUGUGGCAUAAAGUAAAUAACUACCAAGCUAAAAGGCCAAUCUCUUUAUCUCUUAUCAAUAAAUUCCCAGCUUUCCUCACUGGAUCUCUGUGACACUCAUUAAGUCUUCUCAUGUAUUAUGUCUAGUUUUUAAUAAUUUCUUUAAUGUCAUACAUUUAAGCUGUAUAUUAGAAUGAUUGAAUCUCAUGUAAUCACACAUACACUUUAAUGAAUUUUUAUGCUUUCCACUUUUAAUCUAGGCUCUCUAGAUGUGAAUGUAUUCUGCAAAAAUAAAAUGUCAAUAAAAUAAAUUAUUCACUACUGCACAUUCUGGUGCUCCAUGAGCAUACAAAUUGGAUAUAUUUCACCCAUAACCCAGCAAAACCUUAGAGAAGCAGUGUUGAGACAGCAGCAGGUUUUGGUUUACUGCUUCUGUCAAAACACAGGGAUCCCACAGACUCAUAUUGGAAAUAAACAGGUACAGUAAAAGGUCUCAGGCUGGCAGAAGGGAGAAAUAUGGGAAAAAAACAAAAAGCAUGUCUUAGCCCUUGUUCCAAAAGCAGGAAGAUGUAUCCUUUAGCAAAACAAUUGCUAUUCCUGGUAGUUCCUGUAAAUUUCAUUUUGAAUAGCAAAGUGUUUCUGUGCAUCAGUCACCUAAAGCAUCCCCAUGUCCCUCUAUGCAUAAAACAAGACCUUGGCCUCACUUUUUCCAGCUCUUCUCCCAGCUCACCUGUUGAGGUGAAUGCUCUAUGUGUGGAGACAUGAGGCUUGACUCCAUUUUCUCAGAAGGCUGAUUUAUUACCUCAUAUAUUAUACUAAAAUACUACAUAAAAACUAUACUAAAAGAACAGAGAGAAAAGAUGAUCAGAAGGCUACAAACAAGAAUAACAUAGAGUGCAUAACAAAAAUCUUGUGACCGCUCACAGCCUCAGCACACGUGGCUGUGAUUGGUCAUCAAGUGAAAACAACCAACAGGACCAAUGGAAGAUGCACCUGUGGCAUUCCACAGCAGCAGAUAGUUACUGUUUACAUUUCUUUCCUGGGGCUCCCAGCUUCUCAGGAGGGAAAAAAUCCUACUAGAGGAUUUUCCAUAAAAUAUCAUAGUGACAUUCACCUGUUCCUGUGUUCCCCUCACCCUGAGCCUGCUGCUCUGCUGCACUCCAGCACACAAAGCUCAGGGCAGCCUCUGCCAUGCAGAGCCUCCUCAUCCUUUCUGCUCCCCUCCCUGCUCAGGGUGUUUACCUGCUCCCCAGCAGGAGGCUGCUCUGAACAGGGACCCCAAAAUGGUGCUCAAAGCAAGGCACUCGAGCCUCCCCUGACAGGAGCUCCAUCCUGAAGCCCCAGGAGCAGGAGAGGAAGGGCUGCAAUGUCUGUUCACCAACAUGGGCAACUUCCUCCAGGACAAGCACUACAGUGGGUGGGCAUGUCUGCAAUACCAACAGUUUUGUCCCUACACACAGCAGGCAGAACACCUCUUUGUUCACAGUGACUGAAGAUACUUUUGAUCAUUCUCCCCCUGCCAAGACACUUUCUGGCUUGCUUUCUUCCCAAGGCUUUAGCUGCUCUGCACCUUUCGCUUGCAACUCAUCUUCUAAUCCUUUUCACUUCAUGCUUCAUCCACCAGCAUCUUCCAAUUGCUUUGCUGCUCAGCAACAAAUCACUCUCUGCCCUCCUAAUGCUGAUUUCUCAGCUCUGCUCAGCUCCCACCAGACCUUGCUAUCCCAGAGAUUUCCCAGGGGAUAUGAACACAGGAUAUUCUCAUUUGUGAGAGACCAGCAGCUGCCAUUCCAUCCAGCCUUAGGGAGACCUGGGAUUACUCAAAAAUCAAACAGGGUGCCUAGCAAUGCUCUUCAGUAAGAACAGCAAUAGCAGGAGGUAAAUUUAAUGGCUCGGUGCUCUUGCACAUCUCAAACAGUAUUUCUUCAGAAGCAUUUCCAGGAGGCUCUGGUGUAACUCAUGUCACAGGGGCAUUUGGAGUGGCCUCAGGCAAGGACUUUCCCCAACAGACUGUUUCUCCUGUUUUGGUGCUUUUGGCAUGCUUCCACAUUCACAGCUGCUAGUCACUGCCACGUCCCACCAGGUAGAUGCAUGAGGCAAUGGGCUGUGGUUUUUGGAUGUAAAACCAAUAUUCAUGUUAGUGAAGUUCUGUGAGGUGCAUCCACCAACUUUAUUUGGGUUCUGGCACCCAAUAAGCCAAUAAUUAGCUUUGCUGUCUGGCAUUUGUUUAUUUUGGUUAUUAACCCUUGCCUGGUUAAUGGCAGAAGAGCUUUAGGGCAGCAUUUUCCAGCACAGGAUAAUACUCUCAACCCACAGUAAAUGUUUUAGAAGUCUGUCAGUAGCCCAUAUAUUCCUUUCCUCCCAUUUUGCCUUGAACCUUCAGCUCCAGAAUAUGUCUCAAAAUACUCAAUACAUGAACACAACUGUUUUCAGGAAAGGAAGGAAGCCUGCAUAUUUUAGCUGGCAAUUUUAGCUACCCACAUAGGCAUUUGAAAUGGACAUUAACAGUCCAUGCUAAGUGGGAAACUUGCUCCUAGCUAACUUCAUGGAGCAUCCAUCUUUUGUGCCCUGCUAUGACACCAGUGCAUGCAAAGCAUUCUGAGCCACCAGAUGCAAGACCUGCACCAAUCACUCAUCUGUGCUCACCCUCUGAAAGGUGAGGUCAAAUUUUAGUAUCACCUAGAACAACCUCAGGCUAGGUAAAAUGUGUUAUUCAGAAGUAGCAAAAGUCCUAUCAGCUGUGUUAUAAUGUUAUCCAGAUUUACAGCUUACUACAUGGGAGGAAAAAACCCAGCUUGAACUAAAAUGGAAAGUUUUGCAGUGUGAAACACCUCAGAAAUCCUGUCUUUAAUACUAACGAGCACAUAUUGUUCCCACAGCACUACAUCUGCAGCUUUUUACUUACUAAUAUGCUAGGGGGAAAAAAAAACAACAACAACAAAAAAGAAUUCUAAUAUCUGCUUGGAAUGCUUAGCUGAAAGAGUCAGCUCCCAAAACAUUUUUAGAGUAACUGGCAUGUUUGGCAACAAAUACAGAGAUGUUGAACAUUAUCUCACUUCUCAUCCCCAUGUAAAGAAAGGGAAGAACAAUAAAGUAUGUUUGAGCAAAGAAAUAAUCCAAUUUUAAAUACUAAUAUCAUUUUACAUGGCAAGCAAAGAAAAAUGAAUGGGUUAGAGACAGUAUUUUUCAAUGCUCAAGAAUAGGAAACGAAGGGGAGGGAGAGGAAGUUGAGGGAACUAAGUUCAUCAUGUUCAUGAAAACAUCAAAACAGCUGUGCAGCACUAUCACUCUAGGGAAACAGUUCUGGGCAUGGAAGAAAAUUCUUUCAGUCAGGUCUGAAAUCUGAAGGAAAUGGAAAUCUCUCUGGAUAUCUUCCACAUAUGCUGCUACCACAGGGCUUCUGAUAGCUGGGUUCAGGUGGUACAACCAUUUCUCCCUGUCAGAGUUUCUUGGAGUGGUUCCUGUGGAGAAAAUUGGUUGCAUCACUACUAAGAUUGUCUGACUUGAGCUGGCUUUAAACUUCUCAACCAUUUGCAGACUGAAAGCUUUUAUGUCAGCUACACAUUUCAGGUCAGAGGUGAAAGGAAGGAUUUAAAAUUACAGGUGAAAUAUUCCUUGCAUAUAUUUAUAUUGCUUAAGAAGAAGAGUCUUUGCAUGAAUAAUAGUUUGUUUCAGGAAUGCAUUGUGGAAGAACAAUGUCACCACCAAACUUUGGUAAAGGAUGCAAGUGUUUAGUGCAUAGUACACUGUAAAUGUGUCUUUACUGAUCCAAUGAGAACUCCUGAACUUGGGAGUCCACUCAGAUACAUCAAAAAUUAAAGGCUUUGGGGUAGAGUGAAAAUUACCAUGGGUACAUAGAGAGUUCUGUACUUUAAAGCUUUGAUGCUCUGUUUAUAGCAAAGAGCACAUUUCACUGACAAAGCAAGACAAUUAGUGCUCAGAGCUUGGUUCUUUUCCUUCUGAAUGCCCCUAGACCUGUCUAAUGGACUAAACACCCAUCAGAGAUCAAAGUACAUCUUCUGAUUUAGUCCCUUCUGAGAUGAACACAGACCACAUGCUCUAUGGGUUUUCCUAUGAUGAGAAUGAAAACAUAGUAAAAGGACAAACCACUUUGAAGGCACAAUCCUCAUCCUAAUUAAAACAUUAAUGGAGGAGCACUCUAGGUAUGCUUUAAUCUAGAGCCUGAACAAAUGGAGGUCAUUUUCUGUGCUUCUCUGUAGCACUUCACUACCAGGCAUUUUCAAUAAGAGCAAGAACACCUUCCUGGC